GGUAAUACAAAUAGCAAGUAACUGCUUCUCUCCUACACAGACACAUGCUUGCUCCUCUCUUCUCCAACUCAUUCAUCUCUCUCUACUUAUUUAGGGUUUUGGAUACUUCUCUACAAACUAUUACCCUUCUUUCUUCUAUAAAUCAAUGGUUUUUCGUCUAAUCAACGAACAAAAAGAAACAUCAGACGCUUCAAAUUUUGAAAACGCAGGGGACGGCGACGGCAGCAGCAGCAGCAGCAGCAUGGCAUCUUCAACUCUCAAACCUCAUCAAAAGCCUCUCCAUAACUUCCCUCUACAAGACCUAAAAUGGUCACUGAAUCCUACCAAUGGCCACCACCACCACCGCGUUCGUAAUCCUAAUAGUUCCUCUCUCAAAUCCCCUAACCGUGACACCACCGCUAACUCCCAUGGCUGCGACCCUGUCGUCAACAAUGCGAAAUCAGAGAUGAAAUUAGACAAUUCUGAUAAGAAAUCAAAGAUCUUUAUUCGAAUCAGGACUAAGAGUAGUAAUAGCAAGUGCACCGAUGAUGAUGCUGUUGCAGAUACAGGAGAUAAUACCUCACCAGUUGUUAUGGACGACGCUGAGGAAACGUUGACUAAGACAUGGAAUCUGAGGCCGAGAAAAACCAUGACCAACACUCCUCCUGUUAAUAAUAACAACAAUAAUAAUAAUGGGAAUGGAGGAGGUGUACUAAAAAUUGGUGCUGCUGCUUCACAGGAGAUCAAAAGUCAGGAACCGAGUAGAAUUGAAUUGACUCGGCCUCAAAGGAAUGGUAAUAGUAAUGCUACUAGUAAGAAAGAGAAACAGAAGGAGAAGAAGGUAAAAUUCUCCAUCUCUCUUACUAAAGAGGAAAUUGAGGAAGAUGUUUAUGCGUUGACUGGGUCAAAACCUGCUAGAAGGCCUAAGAAGAGAGCUAAGCAUGUUCAGAAACAACUUGAUUACUUGUUUCCUGGAUUAUGGUUGGCAUCUGUUACUCCUGAUGUAUACAGAAUUCUUGAUGCUCCUAGAAAGGGUUAGAUGAUUUGUUCAUAUGAAUUUGGAGCUAAAUGACUGCGUAGCAUUUUGACAUCAGCUGAAAUUUGUGGAUUAUGAGCCUGUAAAGAUGAAGGGGUAACAAAUGUAUCUUGUUUUUGUACCUUUUCCCUAUACAGAAAGGAGAUCAAUGCAUUGGUGGAACUAUUAAUAUUAUACUCUUAUGUUAUUGAGUAUCUGCCUUUGUACAGAAGAACUAUCAGUAUAAUGGGUAGAGAUUUUUAAUAACAAUGACUAUGUUCCCAGUAUUUUUGGGAUUAAAUGCCGUUUUUAGAGCUUUUGUUCAUUAGGUAUUCUUUUGUGCUAAUUUGUUGGUGCACUGCGAUGUGAUUGUGACUUCCACGUCUCAUAUCUGCAUUCUAUAUCUUUCCAAAUUUGCAUUAGUAGAUUCAAAAAGGAGGAAAAGGAAUAGGUUAGAUCACUGGUUGGAACCCAAAUUCUUGGUGCAUGACGUAACUGGCUUCCACGUUUCAUUUCUACACGGCAUCUCUUACCAAAUGUGAAUUUUACAGAACAAAGAUGAGAAAAAGGAAAGGUUAGAUUACCGGUUUUUAAUCAAGUUUAGGAAAGUGUCAUUUGUAGAUAAAUUAAAUAUGCUACUGUUGUUAUCUGAGACUUCAUGAGCCAUGCACGUUCUUGUCGUCAUCUGAGGCAUGCAUGAUAUUCCGCAUCAUUGCUAUUAAUAGCAAAAUGUAUGCCUUUUUAAUAACUGAGUUUGUUAGAGUUGUUAGCUGAGUUGUUUUUGGCAGCCAUCAAGUUUUAUAAAUAGAUUUUUUGAUCAUACAGAAAAGGCUAUAUAGACUCAUGUAAUUAGUAUCAUUAAGAUUGUUAUCUAAAUUUUCAAUAUGCACUUGGAAUUCAUUGCCUUCACAGUAUUGAGGAAUGCAUCGCAUAGUUUUUGAGCUCUUGUUUAAACCAUUUCAUACAUUUCAGCAUAUUUAAUUCAUGCAGUUCCACACACCCACCACAACCCCCCCUACUGAAAGAUUGAGAGUGUUACUUGGCAGUUAAUGAAUACCAAUUAGCAAAGUUACUUGAACAGGGAUGAUAUAUCAGACAUGUUAUCUAUGUUGGAAUCCAAUGUAGUUGUCAGGCAUAGUUAUCUUACAUACUUCAAAUGUUGUAAAUUUACUGUUCUUUUAACAGUUUGAUGAAACAAGUGUUUUUUGAAAAGUUAUGAACGUUUCUUGAACAAGUCGCUGUAUUCUGCUUAUCUUUCCUUUUUUGAAUGUUAUGUGAACUAUUUGUGCAAUCAAGGGUUGCAACCAGAUCGCCAGAUUGAUACAAAAGAUUUGCAUUGCGGAUUGUAAUAAUUUCCAUAGCAAUUUAUAUAUGAUCAGUAACUGAUUAUAGAAGCGGUCCAGGAUCUGAACAAUGAUCAAUGGAUGAGACCCAACUCGAUGUGUGCACAAGUAGAUUAGAAUGAUGAAAAGAAAAUGAGAGAUUUGAAGUAAACUUGGGAGGAGGACUUGUUUUUUAUGUUUCUUACGACUUUGAUGCAAAAUCUUUUAUCUGAAAUGUGCUGUGUAUAAUAUAAUGUCGGUUUAAUCUUUUACUAAUUAUUUGAACUUUGCAGCUGGCUUGAUGAGAUGAUUAUGCUUUGGAUGAGGUAAUAUGUUAGCAAUUGUUUUCCAUAUCGUUAAAAUCUUAUGUUUCCAGAUGUAAACUUAAAGACCUCUGCUCAUGAAGGCCUUGGUGUUAUAAUCUCCUGUCCUGGCACGUACAGACGGGUGCUCGUUUGGGAUCAAAUUAUUAGAAUUUACAGAUGUUUUAGUUAGUUUUUACUUCAUUACAAUGUUUAGCUUGUUUAGUCUGCUUUAUAUUGAUAAAAUUUAACUCGAUUUGCAAUGGAGUGGGUUGAAUAGUACAUCUGAUGUUCUCUGCUCAUCUAUUGCAGAAAACACGCAUGUUUUUUGUGAGUUCUGGUCCACCAUAGCUUGCAAUGAAUUGGUGGAGAUUUAAAUCAUUCUUUCUGUGAAUGAAACUCCUCACCCAUCUACAAAGACUGAAAGGAGCUAUGAAUUUACAUCUCAGGGUGAGGGCUUUAAACUUUGAUUCGCACCUCAUGGUCUAGACUUGAGCCAACCUCAUUUACCGCUUGAUGUGCGUUUAGGUUUGCAACAGUAACAGCUAGUUACUUUCAUGUUUACUGCUGUUACAUGUCGAUUAUAGUCACAAUACCUUCCUUGUAUGACCAUAUAGUCUGAAACAAAAAUGACUCACUUCCUCCAUUACAAAAGCUUGUACCAGUUACUCUCCUUUUUAACUGCUAUUAGGUUGUUCUGUAAUCUCUAUAUCAUUAUUUGCAUU